GAAGAAAAUAAUACCAGUAGCUUGUUUUUGCUGAAAAUAAAUAUUUUGCUCUAAAGAACAUGGUCAUUUAUGGUAUUUACAUUGUAUCAAAAUCUGGAGGAUUAAUAUUUAAUUAUGACAAUGUAGUUCCAAAAAUUGAAACGGAAAGAAAAUUUAGUUACCCAUUAGAUAUAAAGUUACGAACAGAAAAUAAAAAGAUUGUCGUCGAGUUUGGACAAAAAGAUGGAAUUCAGGUUGGUCACGUUUUAAAUGCCAUAAAUGGUAUACCAGUUACCGGCCAUCAAAUGGAUAAUGGACAAAGUGCAUUAGAAUUCCUAGACAAAAAAGAAAAUUAUCCAGUUACCUUACAAUUCGGAAGGCCGAAAAUGACUACAAAUGAAAAAAUAUUUCUGGCCAGUAUGUUUUAUCCAUUGUUUGCAAUUGCUAGCCAGUUAAGUCCUGAACCGAAAUCUUCUGGAAUAGAGGUUCUUGAAGCUGAUACAUUCCGAUUAAAUUGUUUUCAAACUCUUACUGGUGUCAAAAUUAUGAUAGUAUCAGAUAGGGCUCAAAUAGGAGUGGAGAUAUUACUUAAACGCAUUUAUGAGUUGUAUGCUGAUUAUGCUUUAAAAAAUCCAUUUUAUUCUUUAGAAAUGCCUAUAAGGUGUGAAUUAUUUGAUAGUAAUUUGAAAAAUGUAUUAGAACAGAUAGAAAAAGUAGGUAUAAAUAAUAUAUAAGUUUUCCUAGUAUUUAUAGAAGCAUUUAAGGAUUCUAAUAUACACUGCUGGCCAAAAGUUUAAAACCAUCUUAAUUAAACUUAAAUCAUCCAAUAAAACACUGAUUUUUCAUCAAAUAGAGAAUUGUAAUAUAUUGCUCCCAUUUUCUUAUAAAGCAUUCCACAUUUCUUCUCACUACAAUGGACCACAAUUAAGGACGCUCCUAUUAAGCUCUUUUCACAAAAGUUCAAUGAGAUUGAGAUCUGGGGUCUCACGAUGCCAAACCAUCUUUAUCAAUGCCCCUUGGACAUUACAAAUAUCCUCUGCAUAAUUUAGAACUAUGCUUUGGAUCAUUGUCCUGUAGGGAAAUGAAUUCAUCUCAAAUUAAUCUUAAGCCAUAGGAAAGGCGUUUUGUUCUAAAAUUUUUUGUACUGAUCCUUUUUCAUAAUUCUGCCGAAUUUGAUCAAAUCGCCAGUAUCAUGGCUAAAAAAGCAAUCCCAGAUCAUAAUUGAGCCACCAUCAUGCUUGAUUGUUGGGAUUACACAACUUAACAUCAUCUUGUGCACUGCAUCAAAUAUAAAUUGUUCAUUUCGAACCGAAUACCCUAUACUUAAAUUCAAAGAACUUUUUUAAAAUCUUUUUUAGUCCAGUCUCAAUGGGCAAGGGCCUAUUGCAUCCUUUUUUUUCUUGUUUUGUGGCAUCAGCAAAGGUUAUUGAAUGGCGACACGACCAUACAACUUCGUGUCUCUCAAUCGCUGUUUUACUGUAGUCAAUGAUAAAGGCAGCAUCAGAUUAGAAAGUAGUAGGGCUAAAAUAGAUCCGGGACCCACUUGAGGAAAUCUAAAUUAGAUAAAUGAUAUUUUCAAAUAGAAAAAUGAUUUCCUAUAUACAGCCAAAUUUUUUGUAUCUAGCCUUUCACUUAGAAAAGCCAUUUUUCGGAGUAUCUGCAACUACAAAAGUAAGGUAAUGGUUUUGACGUUUAGUUAAGAUGAGCACGUUAAAAGUUGGUUAACUUCGAUGUCAAGAGCGCGUUCAAGCCCGAACAUUAUAUGCUUUAUCCAGUAUCUCAAUAAGUUGAACUAUCUUUGACAUUUAUAAACGUCUAGAGCGUCGUGCUCGCGUUCAUUUUGUGUACCACUUUAGGAACACUAUUUAUCAUAUCAUGUCAGGUUAUUACUUAUAAUGGUCUCAUUCAGCGGAUGAAACCUUUGUGCCACCCGAUCGGAAUCCAUUGGUGAUACAUAUGUUACAACAAAACACGUUUUGGAGCGGACGCCAUGUUUCGGAGCGCUUUAAAUUUAGCUAGAUGGCGGUAGUGGAAGUGUAUAUAAAACUGAACGUUGCGACGUUUGACACUUUCAUGACGCACAUGCUAUGACCACGCGCUGGAUACGGAACUCUGUGAUCUGCGCGUCAAGGUGCUGAUUGGCUUUCCCUGUUCUGCAAUAGUCGUGACGCACGUUCAUUCCGCACCAUCUGAUAGAACCCUUACCGAUAGGUGGCACUAGCGAUAUGCGCUACGUCGGCUGAAUCAGACCAAUAUGUCAGAAGACAGGUUCUUAAGACUUUUGGAACAACAAAAAAUUACUGAUAUCAAUAACUUCAGUAUUGCUUUUAAUGUUUGUUGAAGUUGUAGUAAUUGAAAAAUUUUCGUGAAAGUUGAAAAGACAUCAAAAGAAUUUUCAGAGGAUUGAUAGAAAGUUGUUGUUCCCACAUUUUUCACUAGCCAUUAUGCAACACAAAAUACAAUUUGUUGUUUUCACACAAAAACGUCACUUGUCAUUCUAGUUUCGCGUUGGAUAUGAAAAGAUUAACUUUUUUUGCAAUAAUGAUCUAUGUAAUGGUAAUUUACGUUAUAAGUCUGGGAAGUAAUUUAGUACGAGAUAGAUGUUUUUGGACGAGGCGACGAGGGAGCCGAGUCAAGAAUAUCUAAUCGAGUACUUCACGGACUUAUAUCAUACCUAAUAUAUUUUUUUACAUACUGUUUUCAGUUUUAAAUAAAAAGCAGAAUUUUAUUGAAAUAUGAAGUGUCAUAUUCGACAAUUUUAAUGAAAAAUAUCUCUUUUGGUUAUUCUCUUACUAUUUAAACAAAUAAAAAUUAACAUAAGUCACUCAACAUUGUAAACAAAGGCAGAUAUAUUGGAAAAACAAAAAAUAUUUUCUGAAAGAAUGGCUGAUAAUUCAAAUAAAAUAGCUGAGAAACGUGCGGAAGCGGUUAUUCCAGUGAAGUAUUCGAAAAGGUACGAAAAAUAUGCGAUGUUUUGCGACUGGCGUAAGAAAUACCAGGUAAAAAGUUCUGAUGAAAAUGAUACCGUAAAAUGCCAUUUUCCAGAUUCAAAUUAGUACUGUAAAGUCUACUUUGAUUGAAAAAAAAAAACUUUUUUGACAUUUUUACCUACGAAAGUAACUUAUUUCACACAAGUAUCAAAAAAUAACAAAACUUACAUGUAUUUAAUUGCUUCUUUUUCUUAUGUUAUAUAUGGUCUCGAACUCAAGAGAUAAUACGCGAAUACAAUAUGAAUUUGGCUGGGUGCCGAAAGGCAAUAGGCCAAAUUUAAGAAGACUGAAGAAGUAGACAAUAUGAUUUUUUUGUUAUAUUAGUGUUUACAAUAAAAAUUGAAAGUUUGUUGUUAUUUGUGUUUAAAAUUAUUUAAUUUUUGUUAGGUAUCUGAUAUAGUUAUAAAAAAUUAUUGUUCUAUUGGUACUUUUUCUGUUCUAUAGUUAUAAAAUAUUUAAUAAUCA